AUUUUAUCUCCGGCGACAAGCCAAGAAUUCUCAGCUCCCUUUAUUUUUGCAGCAAUAUGAAUAUAUACUUAGUAUCAGCCUUUGCCUAAAUACUUCUCAACCUCAUUCUCACACAAAUUAAAUACAAAUAUUGUAUGCGUCACCACUAUGCUUACAUUCCAUCUCCCCAUUUUCUUCACCUUCCUAUCCAUAUUAUCAGGCGUGAGAAAAAGUGAAAGUGCGAGAGUUUUCACAAUUGUGAACAACUGCAAAGAGACAAUCUGGCCGGCGGUGACCCCCGGCGAGAAUUUCAACGGCGGGGGAUUCACUUUGAAGGCGGGGCAGUCGGUAGUGUUCACGGCGCCAGUGGCAUGGAGCGGCAGAAUGUGGGCCCGGACGGGAUGCAGCUUCGACAAGAACGGCAACGGGACGUGCCAAACCGGGAGCUGCGGGACCACUCUCAAGUGCGGAGCCUCCGGCAAAACCCCGGUGUCGCUCGCGGAGUUCACGCUGGCCUCCCCGGACUUCUAUGACGUGAGCCUGGUGGACGGAUUCAACGUGCCGGUGACGGUGAAGCCGUUGAACGGGAAGGGGAACUGCAGCGUGGCAGGAUGCGUGGCGGACCUGAGGCCGGGCUGCCCGUCGGAGCUGGCCCUGAAGGCGAACGGGAAGACGGUGGCGUGCCGCAGCGCGUGCGACGUGUUCGACACGGACGAGUACUGUUGCAAGGGCAUUUACGGGAAUCCGACGACGUGCCAGCCGACGUUUUACUCGAAGAAAUUCAAGCAGGCUUGCCCCACCGCCUACAGUUAUGCGUACGAUGAUCCUUCCAGUAUCUUCACUUGCUCAGGCACGGAUUAUGUUGUUUCUUUCUGCUCCUCUAGGACAGGGAGAGUGUGUACGUACCACGACCACCUCGUGCGUUGCAGUGGCGCCCAUGGAUUCAGAUUAUUCACCACCGGAUUGUUCCUCAUUCUUGCAGCCAAUUUGUGGAUCCUUUUUUAAAUCUAAAAACUAAAUUAAUCACAUUAUAUUGCCCCUACAAAAUUAACCAUACAUAGCCAAUGGCCGGCGAAAUCAGGGGUCGAAAUUUAAUUAUGCAUAGUAUCAAAAUGGCAGAUCAUUAUUGAACAAUACUUGGUCGUAAAUGGCAGUUCAAUGAGACUUAUUCAGUCAUUGUAUUGAUGUAUAUGUCAUGUAUUAUAAACUUCACACAACUAAUGCGUGGAUAAGGUGUUUUAUUUUUAGAUUUAAGAAUACAAUAAGUCCCACACAUCAAAUUUUGCUCAUUUCAAAUUAAGAUGAUGUUGAUAUUUCCAGGAGUCGUAAGUCAUACUCCCUCCGUCCCGAAAUAAUUGUCCCCCUUUCCUUUUCGGUCCGUCCCGAAAUAAUUGUCUCCUUUUCUUAUUUGGUAAACUAAUCUAUACAAAACAGUGUCAAACAAUGCAAAACAGUGCCAAACAGUGUCGCUACAGUGCCAAACAGUGUCGCUACAAUGUGAAGUCAACUUUGUUUUCUUAAUCCGUGUCAAGGUCAAAAUAGGACGAUUAUUUCGGGACGGAGGGAGUAACUUUUACUCGUAAUAAGUUACGAGACUCAUAACGUAUCAAAUCGAAUGUAUUUCAGAGCUCAACAUUCUCGAACUCUCAUUGGCUAUGUUGCAUGAUGCGUUCACACAUUACACGUGGCCACGAUGUUCUCUUUGAUAACUGGCCGAGGCAGACCGUUAGUGAUGGGGCAGUCCUGCGGUGGUGGGGAAAUCCGAUGAUGGUGGAGGCGGAGAGGGAGGUGACCGGCGGCAGUGGCAGGAGGAAUGGGGCAAAAAUGGAUUUUUGCCUCGCCGGAGCUCUGGCGGCCGGCUAGCAACAACGACAGGAUUUCGGCAAGUCGGUGGCGAAGAUUCGAUGGCCGGCGGCGCUGUAGCGACAGGCAACAGAUCUAGCAAUGGCAUGGGCAUCCUCAUCCAUUUAGGAAAAAACUCCUAUUCAGGAAAUUUGGAAACCCUACUUCUAUUGUUGCACAUCUCUCAUGUUUUACUCUUAUUUGGGCAAUUAUCUCUAUCAUUCAUUCAUCAUUACCCCAAUGUCGCAAAGACUCCCACCUACGAUGAGAUAAGAGGGGUCGGAUGUAUGCAGUUUUACCCUUGUACUAAAGCACAGAUAGAUCGUUUCCGG